CCCAACAUCCAACUCCCAACCUCCAACUCCCAACCUCCAACUCUCAACCUCCAACUCCCAACUCUCAAAAGUAGAGACCUCCAACUCCAAACUCUCAAAAGAAGAGACCUCCAACUCUCCAACUCUUCUCCAAGUCUCCAAGUCUCCAAGUCUCCAAGUCUCCAAGUCUCCAAGUCUCCAAGUCUCCAAGUCUCCAAGUCCCCAAGUCUCCCAAGUCCCCAAGUCCCCAAGUCCCCAAGUCCCCAAGUCCCCAAGUCCCCAAGUCCCCAAGUCCCCAAGUCCCCAAGUCCCCAAGUCCCCAAGUCCCCAAGUCCCCAAGUCCCCAAGUCCCCAAGUCCCCAAGUCCCCAAGUCCCCAAGUCUCCAAGUCUCCAAGUCUCCAACCCUCGACUCGCAACCCUCGACUCGCAACCCUCGACUCGCAACCCUCGACUCGCAACCCUCGACUCGCAACCCUCGACUCGCAACCCUCGACUCGCAACCCUCGACUCGCAACCCUCGACUCGCAACCCUCGAUCGCAACCCUCGACUCGCAACCCUCGAUCGCAACCCUCGACUCGCAACCCGAUCGCACCCUCGAUUCGCAACCCUCGACUCGCAACCCUCGACUCGCAACCCUCGACUCGCAACCCUCGACUCGCAACCCUCGACUCUCCAAGUCUCCAAGUCUCCAAGUCUCCAACUCUCCAAGUCUCCAUCCUCUCCAGCCUCUCCAGCCUCUCCAGCCUCUCCAGCCUCUCCAGCCUCUCCAGCCUCUCCAGCCUCUCCAGCCUCUCCCGCCUCUCCCGCCUCUCCCGCCUCUCCCGCCUCUCCCGCCUCUCCCGCCUCUCCCGCCUCUCCCGCCUCUCCCGCCUCUCCCGCCUCUCCCGCCUCUCCCGCCUCUCCCGCCUCUCCCCAUGGUCAGCGUCUCCAACAGCCUCUCCUAGUCAAACUCCUACUGCCCGGCUUCACGUGCCGAUCCCUGUUGCAAACUGUGGGCAGAGGUGUGCAGGCGGGUUUCUGGCGCCUUAAAACCAGAUUGCUCCGGGCAGAUGGGGCUC